GCAGAGGCUUCGACGACGACGACGACUAACCAUGCCUUCGUCGUUCUACAUUCCAAUUCUCCUUGCGGGAAUGAUAAUUACGGGGUCGAGUAAUUCUUUGUGGAGUAAAUGGCAGGACAUGCAAUGCGUGGAGAAUUGUAACGAUCCCGACCCAGCGAGCCACGUUCUCUAUGAGCAGCCUGUAUGGCAAACUCUCCAAAUGUUCCGCUUUCUCCCUGUCAUUUACACGUGGCUCCGUGCACGUCAGCGGACCGCACCCGUGUUUCUGUCCGAUUUAGAAGAAGAAGAUGUGCAUGCGCCUGGUAAACUUGAGGAAACUUGUGAGGAGCUACGAGGGUGGAAAGUUCUUCUUUUAUGGUUUCCCGCUGCUUGCGAUCUUACCGGAACAACGCUUAUGAAUGUCGGUCUCCUCUACACCCCGGUUUCCAUUUAUCAGAUGACCCGUGGAGCUCUCGUUCUUUUUGUGGGCGUCCUUAGCGUCAUCUUCUUAAACCGUCGUUUAUGGCUCUAUCAAUGGGUCUCUCUCUUGACAGUUAUGGCUGGUAUUUCGCUGGUAGGGUACAGCGGGUCGCUUAUCAAAGACGUCGCGAACUCCACAUUGCAUAUGUUCAAUACCGACCCGUCAGCGCCGGUACCCGUCGGAGAGCCUGAAGUCACGAAAGUCCUCGUUGGCGUUUUCUUCAUUCUGUUUGCCCAGGUAUUUACGGCAACACAGUUUGUUGUGGAAGAGAAGAUCAUGGCUCGUUACUCUGUAGCGCCUUUGGUUGCUGUGGGCUACGAAGGUCUAUUCGGAGCUCUCACCAUCAUCCUGUGCAUGCCCAUUCUGGCUAUGCCGUCAGUCGCUUCUAGCUCGCCUUUCUUUGACCUUCCUAGGGGUUGGUACCAAUUAGUGAACACGCCAAGCGUCUUUCGGUCAGGGAUCGCCAUCGCGAUUAGUAUCUCGUUGUUUAACUACUUCGGAUUGAGCGUCACUAGGCAUGUAAGUGCCACGGCGAGGAGCUUGACCGACACCUGCAGAACACUCUCGAUCUGGCUAGUCAGUCUUGGACUAGGCUGGGAGAAGCUUCUUUUCCCCAUUUCAUUGCUGCAAGUACUGGGAUUCUCCUUCUUAUUCCUUUUCAAUGGUUUGGUUAGCCCUCCCCCUUUCCUCCACCAGCCCUCAGUCCUAGAGGAGGCGGUGGGUGGCGAAGCAGAAGAAGGGGAAGCCUUGCUUGCAUCACAGCAUCUGGAUGAUACGGCUGCUCUGCCUGUUGACCUUGGUCAAAGUGUUCACGCACAAGGUGUCUCCAUAGCUGAAGAUUGAGAGUCCAUCUAGACGAUACUUACAUAUGAUACAUUGAUCUAUGGACAUGUACCUGAUGGGUAUCACAAUGAUGCAUACCGCCGUUUAUUCAAGACGCCGUUCACGGGGCCGCAUGUGAACAAACUCUAGUACCAUAUGCUUAACACGGAACAGAUGCAUGCUGCGCUC